AUGAAUAAGAAAUCUGUCACUUAAACUGAGAGAGCAAAUAGUGCAGCAGCAGGUAAAACUUAAAUUAGUACAUAACACAAAAAUACUUUUAUGACUUAAGCAUAAAAAACUGAGAAUUUGUAAAAUAAUAUAUGUAAUUUUUAGACUCAAUGAAAUUGUUGAAUAGGAAUGUCCACUAUAUACAUAAUAUAAAUAAAAGAACUCUAAGAAUCCAAUUAUGAAGAUUAAGGAAUUUAAGAAACCAUAACCAGAUCCUGUCGAUCAUACUGAUUAUAUUAAGUUUAAGAAAAUGAAGAAUAACUUUGUAAAAGAAUACAAAGAGAAAUUAGAUAAUUAUUUUGGAAAUAAUACAAAAUAUGAAAGAAGAUUUUUCAAAAUAUAUCAUAGAAAAGAUUAAAUUUACUUUAAGCAUAAACAUUCCUCUUAAAAACAUAUUGAAAAUCCAGAAGUCACAGAUAUGAGAACAUAUAAUUAGAUUUUAUAAAUGAAUUAAUAAUAAACUCAACGUGCAAAUUUGAAUAAAUAAUAAGAAAAGAGGAGAAGAGAAUUAAAAUUAGAAGAGAAAGAAGAAAAAGAAUACAUAAAACUUAUUAUGGAUAAAUUUUUGAAGGAAGAAUAGAAAUAUUUUGAUAAAUUAAGUAAUUUGGAAGAAUAAGGUUAAUAAAUGUUUUAAGAAAAAGUAUAAUUAAGAAAUAAAUAUACUCAUGAUUAUAUUAAAAAUCCAUAAAGAGAAUUUGUAGAGAAAAAGGACCUCAUUAUAAGUAAAGCUAUAUAGGUUCCAGAUUAUAUGAAUUCAUCAGUCAUUAGUAAUGCUGGAUCAUAAAUGUAAUCUUAACCUACUCUAGGUUAACCUAACAUGCCUUUUUCAAGUGCCUUUUCAAGUUUCCAAUAGUUACCAUCUUUUAAAAAUGUAUUACAAAGAAUGAAUUCUAAUGCUUUAUAUCAUUUACCUGUUCCUUAGAUUUAAGAAUAUGACUUAAAACCAGGAGAACAAAUCAAAAAGCCAUCAACAUAUCAGACAUAAUAAAUUUUAGAUCUAUAAAGAUUAAUUACAUUAAAUGAAAAAAUUGAAUUCACAUUUAGAAUUGUUAGUGAACCUACAUUAUUAACAUUAAUAGAUUCUAAUGGUUGUACAUUAUUACAUUAAGCAGCUUUAAAAGAAAGAAAUGGAAUUGCAAAAUUUUUAUUGAUUAAAGGUAUUGAUUAUAAAAAGAAAGAUAAUAAAGGUAGAACUGCAUUAGAUAUAGCAAUUUAAUAAAAAAACCAAAAAUUAAUAGAUUACAUAAAUCAAAUUAAGAAAAAAGGACUCAAAGAUAUAAAUUGA